AUGCUCGUCGUCAAGGAAAAUCGUGCCGUCUCACUUCAGGAUCUCACCGCGGCCGUCGCGUGCUUCCCUCACCUCUCGCACGUGCAUCUGAGCGACAACAGCGUGGAGACCAUCGACGACGCCUUCCUCGCUCACCUCGCCGCUGCGUGCCCUAAACUGAUGUCGCUCCACGUGGGCAAGGAGAUCACGAAAAUGUGGGACUGGGAAAGGGAGGACGAGCAUCCAGUGACCGAGGCUGGUUUGGACCAUUUCGUGCGUCGCUGCACUCAGCUGCAGCACCUCUCGCUCUACUGCCUGCAUCGAUACGGGAGGCUGCCUGCGUCCGUCUCGCUCCUCACCGACCUGCACACCCUGGCUCUGACCCAGAGCUCGCCACUUGAAGAGAUGGAAUUUACGCACCUGUCGUCUCUCGCCACUCUCUCUGUGGACAUCUCGGACCAGGAGGAGCUGGAUCUUACGGCCCUCGUGCAUCUGCCGGCCUUCACCAGCCUCUUCCUGUGCGGCGAUUCGCAGCUCAUUCUCGAAGGCUACGACGCCCGGCCCGUCUCAUUUGCUCGGAUGGCUCUCCUUGAGUCGCUGGAGUUCAAUUACAGCACUCCACGAUUCGACCUGUUGUUUCCGUCUGGUGUCUCGUGCCGCCGUCUCGAGCGGCUGCUUCUCAGAUUCUGCGAUGAGCUCGAGCGUCUGCCGGACGACAUGGGAGAGCGACUGCCACGCCUUCGAGAUCUGAGCAUCUGCGCGUGCCGUAACUUAACCGAGCUGCCUGAUAAGUUCACGUCCCUUACCUGCCUCCAGAAGCUGACGCUUUCCGCGCUCGACCUGGCCAGCCUGCCUGAAAACUUUGGAAAGCUGCCCGCGUUGAGGGAACUGACGUUGCAGCAGCUGCUGAUUUCAGGUCUGCCAGAAACUUUCUCCCAGCUCACGUCGCUGGAGGCCUUGAAUCUGGUUGAUUGCCGCGCGAUGCUGGCGUUGCCUGCAAGAUUCGGCAGCCUCCACGCACUCAAGUCCCUCUGCAUCGCCAACUCGCCGAAGCUGGUUCUUCCAGAAGACAUUGAGCUUCCUGCACUGCCAAGGCUGAGGUCUAUGAGCUUGACUGGUGUUGCCCUGGUGCGUGGGUUGGUGGCUACCGUGAGUUUGACCUCUGUUGAACACCUGGAGCUGGCGCUGGCAGGCGAAGCAGAGGAGUUGCCGCUCUCCCUGGCGUUAUGCCCUAACCUGCGCACCCUCACCAUUCAAAGUGCUGCAUGCUUGAAGACACUUCCCGAUGAGUUGGGAUCGACUGUGCAGCAGCUGAGGCAGCUGCGCAUAGAGCAGGCUCCAGAACUGAGAGAGUUGCCAGACAGUUUCACCCAGCUGCACUGCCUGACCUCCUUGGAAGUGCACGCACCCAAGCUUGCUUCCCUGCCACACGGCAUUGGCGCCUUGUCCCAACUGCGCCAGCUGAACCUGGCCCACUGCUCAUCGCUCACACGCCUCCCUGCCUCUGUCACCCGCCUCUGCUGCCUCCACAAGCUGAACUUGGGAUACACCCCGAUCCGCUCCCUGCCCUGCCACUUGGCCCAUAUGAGCCGCCUCAAAGAUCUUGACCUGGAUUCGUGCAAGCACCUGGAGUCUCUCCCUCACGAUUUCACCCAGCUCCAGAUGCUGCAUAACCUGAAUGUUUCAGGAUGUGACAAACUGACCAGUGAGAGAGGGUGUCUUAAAGAUGCGGGUGUUAGAGACAUGUAUGGGCUGUACGUGUCCUGA